AUGGCCUCCAUUACCACACCUUCCCACAACCUCCAUUACCACACCUUCCAUCUACCUUCCCAUGGCCUCCAUUACCACACCUUCCCACAACCUCCAUUACCACAACCUCCAUUACCACACCUUCCAUCUACCUUCCCAUGGCCUCCAUUACCACACCUUCCCAAAACCUCCAUUACCACACCUUCCAUCUACCUUCCCACAACCUCCAUUACCACACCUUCCAUCUACCUUCCCACAACCUCCAUUACCACACCUUCCAUCUACCUUCCCACGACCUCCCUAACCACACCUUCCAUCUACCUUCCCACGACCUCCCUAACCCCACCUUCCAUCUACCUUCCCACGACCUCCCUAACCCCACCUUCCAUCUACCUUCCCACGGCCUCCAUUACCACACCUUCCAUCUACCUUCCUGUGACCUCCAUUACCACACCUUCCAUCUACCUUCCUGUGACCUCCAUUACCACACCUUCCCUCUACCUUCCCACAACCUCCAUUACCACACUCUCCCACAACCUCCAUUACCACAACCUCCAUUACCACACCUUCCAUCUACCUUCCCAUGGCCUCCAUUACCACACCUUCCCACAACCUCCAUUACCACACCUUCCAUCUACCUUCCCAUGGCCUCCAUUACCACACCUUCCCACAACCUCCAUUACCACAACCUCCAUUACCACACCUUCCAUCUACCUUCCCAUGGCCUCCAUUACCACACCUUCCCAAAACCUCCAUUACCACACCUUCCAUCUACCUUCCCACAACCUCCAUUACCACACCUUCCAUCUACCUUCCCACAACCUCCAUUACCACACCUUCCAUCUACCUUCCCACGACCUCCCUAACCACACCUUCCAUCUACCUUCCCAUGACCUCCCUAACCCCACCUUCCAUCAACCUUCCCACGACCUCCCUAACCCCACCUUCCAUCUACCUUCCCACGGCCUCCAUUACCACACCUUCUAUCUACCUUCCCACGCCCUCCCUAACCACACCUUCCAUCUACCUUCCCACAGGCUCCAUUACCACACCUUCAGUCUACCUUCCCACGACCUCCCUAACCACCCCUUCCAUCUACCUCCCAAUGUGACCUCCCUAACCACCCCUUCCAUCUACCUCCCAAUGUGA